AUGGAUGGAUCGCUGGUCAAGUCGGGGCAGGCCUCGGUGGGUCUUGAUAAUGAUGCAGCAGACAUGAUGUCUUGUCAAUAUUCAUCUGAACAGCGGAACCGCAAUCAUGACAAGAGACCGGCUCGAAAGGCCUUCGUGGACCAAAGUGCGGCCGCUUCCCCAGAUGUCCCAGAUGUCGCCUAUAUCAGCACCGGGGCGGAGUCUGGGGGAAAGUCAGUAGUCGAUAUGGACGGCACUGAAGCUGGCAACAAGAUGGGGGGGACUUCUCCGCACCAGGAACCGGAGCUACAGCGCUCGCAAACGGCCGGACUCUGCCUUGGAGUCGAUUGUGACGACGCUUGCCCACUGCUGUUGAGCUUGCUCACGGCCCGGCCGAGCCGAGGCCGAAAUCGUCAGAUCGCGCCUCCCCCCCCCCCCCACGAGAACCUCCACGUGAAGCGAUUGCGCACCGCAGAAGAAAAUGUGCUAACAUGCUCUCUCUCUCUCUCGACAGCCAAGUUCCCCGCCUCCGCUGCGUUUGACCAGAUCAACCAGGCCCUCGCCAGCGACCAGGACCGCCAGGACGCCAUCAAGCAGGGCGGCGCCGUCUUCGCCUUCACCCUCAAGAACCCCGCCGGCGAGACCGAGAGCUGGAACCUCGACCUCAAGAAGGCCGGCAAGGUCUCCAAGGGUCUCGGCGAGAAGCCCACCGUCACCCUCACUCUCUCCGACAAGGACUUUGGCGAGCUCGCUGCCGGCAAGGCCAACGCUCAGCGCCUCUUCAUGUCGGGCAAGCUCAAGAUCAAGGGCGAUGUCAUGAAGGCCAGCAAGAUGGAGCCUAUCCUCAAGAAGGCCCAGAGCAAGGCCAAGCUGUAA